AUGGAUUUGCAUGAUAUUAAAGUGUUUUCUGACAAUAGCGAUGAAGGACAGCAAGCGCGAGAGAAACUUUACGGACUAAUUAAUACAUCAGCUGUUGAGAUGUUUACUGCUUUUCUCGAAAUAAUAUGUGAUCCAAUUAAUAAUGACAUCAAAAUAAUGAUAAAUGCAAUAACACUUGCAAGAUCUUUAAUCCCGAAGAUGGUUAGCUUCCCAUUCACGCAAGAAAGAGAUCCUCUGACUAAGUUUGAAGUCCCAAAAACCGAUCCAAUGCUUAAUAAAUUUUUUGAAUGUCUUUUUAACAUCAUCUCUUCUGAAAACAUUGAUGAAUCUAUCAAAGUUCCAGCAGCGAAUACACUGUCCAGAUAUUUUAUAUUUUAUGAAGCAUUCAGGCAAGAAAAUUAUUAUUGGAAUAAUAUUUUUCAAUUUCUUGAAAAUCAAAGCUUGAUUGAAUAUGCAUUAGAUAUUAUCAAUGAUAUAUCAGAAGAACUAACAAUUUCAAAUACCAUUAUGCAUCAAAUCUUUGGAAUAAUUUAUGAAUUCUUUAAAAAUCCACCGAGAAUGAAAGUUUUGGAGAAGACGAUCAAAAUUAUGAGAUUAUUUGUUGUCAACUUUGACUCUUUAGUUGGAGAAAAUGUUGAAGAAAUUAUCCAAAAAAUGUUUGAAUUUACACAAACAAAUGAUGUACAAGAAGUGUGCUGCGAUUUUUGGAAAGAGUUUAUAAAGAAUUUUCCUGAUUUAUUCCCAAAACAAUAUGUUUUCGAACUGAUCAAAUUAUUGGAAACAUCAGAGCACCAAGUUAGUAUUUUAGCACUCAUAUGCUACAUGACAUUCUUAACAGAUGAUUCAAUUACGGAGUUUUUAAAUGAAAAUUCAUUAGUUUUAGUUAAUAUUUUCAUUUCUUUGUUAGAUUUCUAUUCAAACAUGGAAUAUUUGGAUGAAGACGAUGAUAAACAGCUUUUCUUGAUAAAAGUAAUAAUAGAAGGACUUGUUGAUAUUAACAAUGAAUUAUCUGAAAUUAUUUAUCAAAAGAUUGAAAAUUCGAUAGGUAGAAACUCAUUUAUUCUUAUGUAUAUCCUUGCAUCAGACAAUUUGUUAGAUUCAAGAUAUUCCGAUGCUUUAAAAAAUGGAAUCGAAUGUGAUAACGUUGAAAUUGUAAAACUUUCUCUUUCAAUAGUUAGAGAACAACCCGAUGCAGUUAUUGACAUCGAAGGAACUACUAUUAUCAGAAUUCUUGAACUAAUUUUAGGUGAAGACAAAAUGAUGUAUGAAUUAGCCAAAAACACACUUGUAAAGAUAAUCCAAAGUGCAGAUAAUGAUUUUGCAAGCAAAGUUAUUGAAUGUCUCGUUGAAAAUAUAAGUAAUUCAAAUGUUAACAAAAGUUCUCAGGCAAUUGAGACGAUAGCUUUUAUAAUGAUGAUGUUUAACGAUAAAUCUCUUAGUGAACAAAUUUCAGACCUUUAUCCACAAAUUUUAGUAGAAUUUCAAGAAUUAGAUUUGGAUUCCGAGAUUUUCCCUUCAAUUUAUGAGCUGUCUGUACAACUUAUUACAAAUUUAAAGGAAUCAUUCCAACAUCUUUCUCUUUGCGACAAUUUCUUUAGACAAUUAACUAAUUCUGCAAAUUCUUAUUAUGGAAUCUACGGAAUUUAUUUCAUUUUAGUACACACGUCAAUGUAUUCGCAAGAGGAUAUUGAAAGCUUCAUGCAAUUUGUAGUUAACAAAGAAGAAAUUUAUCAAAAUUCUCAAGAUAUCAUAUCUUCUUUGUAUUUAUCCGAGUUAAUAAUCACUAAAGUCAAAAAUCCAGAAUUCGAGCAAAAAUCAAUUGAAAUAUGCAUAAACUUGUUAAAUAAUGAUGUUUAUUUAGAUGAUCUUCGGCUUCCAAUAGCUAGGCUAAUUAUUACAGCAAUAGAGCAAGGAAAUAUUCCAGUAGAACUAAUACAACAUUUAUUGGAAGCAAUUUAUUCAAUUUCAGGGCAAAUAAUUACAUUUUGGAAUGAUGAUGACACAGAAACAGAGAAACUUAUUAGGAUUCUUGCAGAUAUAAUUACUUUUAUUAAAAAUAAAUAUGACAUAAACGUUUCAGCCAUUGCACAACUGAUUUUCGAUCAAUCAAAUCAGAUCAAUGGACUUGAAGAUGAAACACAAAGCAAAAUUGCGACAUUUGGACGAGAAUUCAGCUUCAUUUAA